GAAAACCAACGUUUUGGGGUUUCAAAGGCCCCAGGAAGAUGACAGUCAUCAUCCCUGGGAUGAACGCCGACAACGAGCGGGUCCCCAUCCGUCCCCGAAAUGAUAACGACGGGCUCCUGAUGCGAUGGCAGAACAGGAACAUGGACAACAUCAUCGAGCUGCACAACAAAGCCCCCGUGUGGAACGAUGAGACCCAGUCCUACGUCCUCAACUUCCACGGAAGGGUCACCCACGCAUCCGUCAAGAACUUCCAGAUCGUGCACAGCAGUGACACUGACUACAUCGUGAUGCAGUUUGGACGUGUGGCUGAUGAUGCCUUCACCAUGGACUACAACUACCCCCUCUGUGCCCUGCAGGCCUUUGCCAUCGCCCUCUCCAGCUUCGAUGGGAAGCUGGCCUGCGAGUAGGACCCCCACCAGGGGCCACCAGGAUCCACCAGAUGCUCCUGCAUCCCCAUCCUGCUCCGUCACCCCACUUUCCACCUUCUGCUGGUGAACCUCCUGAGGGGGUUGGAGGGACACGGUGCCCACCAUGGGACACUCAUCCAGCCACUGCCACCCUCUCUGGGCCCACUGGGGACAGAUGGCUGCUCUGGGGCAGAUGGCAGAGUCAAGCCUGGGGUAUAUUUAGCAGAUGAGGCUGACUGCGAGCCCAAUCUU